GAAGAAGCAGCAGGAGGUCUGUGGAGUUCUGUGCUGUAACGUGUUUGGUUUGUUUUGUUUUAUAAGUUUAAUAUCAACGGUUUUUUUUAUUAUUAAUAUGUGAUGUGAAACAGAACAUAACUGAUGUGAAGCAAGGCAUAAAUGAGGAUUUAAUUUGUUGAGUGACGGGAUGAAGCAGCAGCAUCAGAGGCCAGCUGCCAUGGAGAUGAUGGAGAGCAGCAGUGGUGAUGAAGACUCUGAUGUGGAGAAGAACUACACCCUGAUCUCUGAGAGAGGAGAGGCUGUGGAGGAGGAGUCUGGCGAGGAGGAGGAGUCUGGUCAGGACGAGCACGGUGACGUUGAGGACACUGAGGGUGGCGGCAGCGCGAGCAGAGACGUCAGGAAAGAGCUGUCCAGCAUGUCCUUUGAAGACAUCAUGAAGCUGCAGAACAAAGUGGGAACCAAAGCUUACAACGCCAUCGCUUACGGCAACAAGACCAGACGCCGCGAGCAGGCGACGAAAAGGCUGAACAAGAACCGGCCCGUGGAGAUUUCAUCCAAAAAACCUGUUCCUUUCCUCUGUCAGGUUGUUCCUGUAAAGAAAACUACUAUGAGGGAUCCUCGAUUCGACGACCUGUCUGGAGAAUACAAACCUGCCAUAUUUGAAACCUCGUAUAAAUUCAUUAAUGACCUCAGACAAAGAGAGAAAGAGGUGGUAAAAAAGGAGCUGAAGAAAAUGAAGAAAAACAGCCAGAGGAAAGAAAAACUGCAGAGUCUCCUGAAGAGGAUGGAAAACCAGGAGCGAGUGAGGAAGAGCCGAAAAGAGGAGAGCGAGCGAGAGCUGCAGUUCAAGAAGCAGCAGAGAGAGGGCGCCAAACAGGGCCUGAGACCCUUCUUCAUCAAGAAAUCUGAGAAGAAGAAGCUGCAGCUCGCAGAGAAAUACCAGCAGCUGAAGAAGAGCGGGAAGCUGGACACGUUUCUCAGCAAGAAGAGGAAGAGGAACACCAGGAAGGACCGCCGGAAGCUGCCCGGAUAACUGUGACAAAACACAUGAAGAAGAAGCAGCUGAGAAAAAAACAAACGCUGAACUCUGACACCAGACACACUUUGCUCUGUGGUGGAGCAGUGACCCCAGUUAGCCACUAGAUGGGAGCAGUGUCGCAUCAUCACUGCAGGUGGACUCAGUGAGCCACAGGGUUCCUUUUUGUUUUUUGGGGGGGUCACUGAAUUUAUGGUAAAUUUUGUAUUUUUAGGAUGGAUAUCAGCACAAUAAUAUUUAAUGCCACCAGGGGGUGCUGUGUAGUUUCACUGUGAAAUGUGCUUAUAAAGAGGAAGAACAGAGUAAAUGAUGUCACAUUAACAUAAUUUCACCAUCAUUCCUGAAGUAGAAUUCCAGGAUUGUUCAUUCCUGGCAGAGAGAUGUGCACAGAGUGCCCUUCGCCCUGGAACUAAAAACCCCAAAAGUGGGGGAAAAAAAAAAAAAGUCUGAAAGUAUGAUUUUAUAAACGCAAACACCAUAUUUAUCCAUAAAUGAACGGUAACAGAUUUUUCUGCCACUAGAUGUCACACUAGCUCAGUUUUUAAGGAGUUACAGCUUCCCUCCUCAGCCCGCCCACUCCAUCCUUAUCCCGCCCAUUCUGUCCUUAUCCUCCUCCUCUCCUCCAUCCUUAUCCCGCCCCCUCCGUCCUUAAUCCCAUUCCGUCCUUAUCCCCCUCCAUCCUUAUCCCGCCCACUCCGUCCUUAUCACGCCCAUUCUGUCCUUAAUCCCCCCUCCUCCAUCAGAUGCAUCAAGAAGAAUAAACAGCAGUUGGAGCUUUAGAACAGUUCGAACGCUCUGAGGGGAAAUCAAACUUAUUAGGGUUUUAGUAUGAAAACUGCAGAGAUGUGCUGAGUCGUGACUCCUGCUGCGUCACUGAUGUCAUGUGCUGCUGCAACAAUGUAAAUUUCCCUGUUGUGGAACAAUGAAGGAUUCUUAUCCUAAAUGGGGAGGAGCAACAGUUACUUGAGUGCCUUGAUUGAGAGAGCGGCAUCAACUCAGAACGUGGCACCAUUUUGGUUCCAACUGUACUGAACUACUGAACGAAACUUAAAUGUUUUCAACAUUUUUUAAAAUCCUUUAACCACAUACAGCAACACAUCCAGGUCCAGGUGCUAUCAAAAUAAAUAUAAAAAUAGUUUAAGAUACCAAAUUUACAUAAAUUUA